GCCCGCGCCGCCCUCCUCGCGGCCGCCAGCCCGGGAUCUCCACGGCCGUAAACGCGAGGCCAGCAGCCCGCAGCAUGGACUCCGAAUCUGGAGAGCAGAGCGAAGGCGAGCCAGUGACCGCCGCAGGUCCUGAUGUAUUUAGUUCAAAAAGUCUUGCUCUUCAAGCCCAGAAAACGAUUUUGAGCAAAAUAGCCAGCAAAACUGUGGCUAAUAUGUUGAUUGAUGACACCAGCAGUGAGAUCCUUGAUGAGCUCUACCAAGUCACAAAGGAGCACACCCAUAACAAGAAGGAGGCCCAUAAGAUCAUGAAAGACUUAAUCAAAGUAGCAAUCAAAAUCGGGAUCCUCUAUCGGAACAACCAGUUCAGCCAAGAGGAGGUUGUUAUUGUGGAAAAGCUCCGGAAGAAGCUGAAUCAGACUGCCAUGACCAUGGUCAGCUUCCAUGAAGUGGAAUAUUCCUUUGACAGGAAUGUGCUCUCUAAGCUUCUGCUUGAGUGCAAGGACCUGGUACAUGAACUGGUGCAGCGACACUUGACACCCAGGACCCAUGGGCGCAUCAACCAUGUCUUCAACCACUUUGCGGAUGUGGAGUUCCUCUCUACCCUCUAUAGUCUAGAUGGAGACUGUAGGCCUAACAUCAAGAGGAUUUGUGAAGGAAUUAACAAAUUGUUAGAUGAGAAGGUCCUUUGAAUGUUUUUGCUCCUCCUGAACUUUGCUGCUUUAUAGUUAUAACACCAAACCUGAUCUAGUGCAAAUCAAGAAAACAAGUAGAAACCCUUGUUAAAUAUCCCCUUGUUCUGUCCUCUUUGUGCUCUCAUGCUAAUGCCAACCUAGGCUCAGGUAUACUUACCUCUGAGUUCAGGAUGAGGUCUGUACUCUAAAUUGCCUGUGUUUGCAGGACCAGAGGACAGCCAUCUGUUCUACAUAUAAAGGCUGUUUUGCUUACCACCAUGAGCCCUGAUUCUCAGAGUAGGAGCCCUAGCCUGGGAACUGCAGUACACGGGUUCUGUUACCAGCUCCACCAGUUAUGAUCCUGUCCUCAGUCUUGGAACCAUAAUGCCUGACUGCCUACCUCAUGGCUGCUGUGAAGAUUGAAAGACAUUAUGUGUUCAUACUUUUGAAAACUCUGUGAAGCAAACAAGCACAGAAGUCAGCAAUUUUAUGUAACAGCUGAUGCUUAAGUCUUAGUAAAUAAUGUGUUGCCAGCUGUAGUGUCACACACCUGGAAUCCUAGCACUUAGGAGUCUAAGGAAUGAGCAUCAUAUUUUUCUGGCUAUCUUGAGCUACACAGUGCUAAUGAGAUAAGCCUGACCUAUACUGAAAACCCUGAGGUAGGGAAGGAAGGAAGGACAGGGAAGGGAAGAAAGAAAAGAAAAGGAAAACAAACCCCAAAGAAGAAAUUGGUUGUUUCUGUAGAGGCGAAAAAGUCCAAGGUGAAGAUGUUAUCUUUACUAUUCAUGUGGAGUGAAGUCACCUGAACUAAGGCCACACAGAUGACACUGGUCCUUUUCUAGUUAUUUCUAGUUCCUCAUUGACUCUUCAAUCUUCAGCUCCCUUUGUUCAACAGCCAUUCUACUUUCUGGCCUGUGCUUUGACCCUUGGUUUCUCAUGUGUCUUCUUACCUCAUUUCAUCUCACAUAAGGCAUUUUCAGUUUUGAUGAGUAUUUUCAACUUCUUCAAUGAGAGGAUAAAUUGUUUUGGCUAUGGGGGUUCUGCAUUAAAAUUUUAUUUAUAAAUAAUCUGUAAUAAGGUUAAGUACCUGUGUUGUAGUUUUGAUGGAUGUAUAUGUAUGUAUGUAUAUAUGUGUGUACAUAUAUAUAAAUAAGUAUAUAUGUAGUCAGCAUAUCUGUCAUAAACAUUUAUUAUUUCUCAUGCUUAGAGUAUUCAGAACCCCGUCUUCUAACUGUUCAUCAUAUCCUUAUUAGUUGUAGCCACUCUUUUAUGUAAUAGAACAGCAAAAUUUUUCCUAUCAAUCUCAUCUCUUUCCUCAUUCACUCUCAACCCUCUGAUAACCAAUAUUCUAUUCUUUGUUUCAUGAACACCAACUUUUAAAGUGUUUUAUGUUUGAGAACACAGCCUUUUUUAUAUCUGCUUUAUUUAAGUUAAUAUGCAGUUCUAUAAUUUCAUUAAUAUUGUUUCAAAUGUUAGAAAUUCUUUUUACAACGAAAAAUAUUUCAUUGUGCUAUCAUAUCACUUUUCCUUUUCUCAUUCAUCUGUUGAUGGGUAUAUUGAGUCUGUAUCAUAGCUACUGUAAAUAUUACUACAACAAAAAUGUGAGUGCACACCAGUUUUCAUCACGAUUAUGCCAUUUCUUUUGCAUAUAAGUCCAAUAAUGUGGUUGCUGGAUAAGAUGCUGGUUCUAAUUUUCAUUUGUUGGAAAACUUCCAUACUGUGUUCUGUAAGGGUGAUUCUACUCUGUGUCCAUAACAAUGUGGAUUACAUGAAGUAUUCUUUUUUUCCACAUUCUUUAUCAACACUUGACUUGUUUUUCCUUUUUGAUAUUAGCCAUUAUAUCUUCAGAGAGCAACUAUCUCAUCAUGAUUUUGAUGUUAAUUUUUAAAUUAUUAUUA